AUGCAAAAUAACUACGACGACGACCUCUUUGAGGACGAGAAGGGCUCUAACACCAGCCCUUACCCCCAGCAGCUGUACCGCUCCCAUUCCAGAGUUGCAUCCAGCUCCAGAACAUUUUCCAGCGGAGGGGAUGAGGAUGAUGAUUUCUAUGAAAAACUUGGUGGAAGCUUAUACGGAGAGUCCAACGCCUCUACGGUGAAGCAGCCUGGUGUUCGCUUCAGUGAGAAGAAGUUCAGUUGCAUCCCCCUUAAUGGCCCUAGGGAGUCUUACAGAAUGUCACAGUACCCGCUGUUCGAAUACAACGGACCAGAGUACCCACAGAAUGCCUACAAUCGCUACAGUGUCAUGAACGUGGAUGAAAUGGCGAGCAUGCCUAACAGGCUCAGCAUGGGUUAUCAGCAAAUGGGUAUGCCAAUUCUGCCAGAUGACUAUAACUUGAACUUGCUUGAAGAGGCUGCAGAUGAUAUGGAUCCUUUUGGUGACGAUGAUUCCUUGUUUUCAGAGGCUGACCCUGAUGAAUUACGUAGGGGCAUGACUCUUAAGAGAACUCCUACACAAGCUAGACCCCACGACGGCGAAGAAGACGACGACUUCACUCCUCGUCUUAACUACACCAAGACCGUUAAGCGUGCUCGUUUAGUGGAUGGUAACUUCGUCAUUGAUGCCCCGGUGCCCAAGCUGUUGCUUAACACGUACACUCGCUCAGCCUUUGGCGAAAGUAAUGAAACUUCCUUCGUUAGAUACUCGGGUGUCACUUGUGGACCUUCCAACUUCGGAGAGUACAAGUAUAAUCUUCGUCAGACGUUGUACUCUCCACCAAGAGAAACUGAAAUCAUGGUUUGCAUUACAAUGUAUAACGAGGAUGAAAUCUUGCUCGCACGUACCUUGAAGGGUGUGUUCGAGAACAUCAAGAACUUGACCAAGAGAAAAGAUCCAAACUGGGGUGACGGUUCUUGGAAGAAGGUUGUUAUCGUGAUUGUCAAUGAUGGUCGUUUGCAGCUUCAUCAAAGAACCCAGAAACUUCUUACAGCACUUGGUGUCUUCCAGGAGGGAUAUGCCAAGUCUAAGGUUAACGAAAGUCAUGUUAAAGCUCAUCUUUACGAAUACACAUCGACUGUGGGUAUCGAGAGAGUUACAAAUGACAGGGUUUACUUAUCACAGAAUCUGACCCCAGUGCAGCUUGUUUUCUGUUUGAAGGAGAAGAACGCAAAGAAGAUUAACUCCCAUCGUUGGUGUUUCCAGUCCUUUGCUCCAUUGUUGAACCCUAAGGUGGUGAUGCUUCUUGAUUGUGGUACCACACCAUCGAAGGAUGCAUUCUACCAUUUGUGGACCGCCUUCAAGGAUCCAAACGUUGCAGGUGCUUGUGGUGAAAUGAGAGUCGCCUUGGGUCAGAAUAAGAGACUUUUGCUGAACCCAUUGGUUGCUGCUCAGAAUUUCGAGUAUAAGAUUUCUAACGUUCUAGACAAACCUAUGGAAUCCGUUUUCGGAUUUAUUUCUGUGCUUCCGGGUGCUUUCUCCGCCUACAGAUGGGAAGCGUUGCUUAAUGUUGACGGACAGGGGCCCCUCGAGAAGUAUUUCAAGGGUGAAUUCUUGCAUCAGAAUAAGGAGUUGGACGAAGAUGACGACGAAUUCGAAUUGAUGGAAAAGAAUUUCCAAGAGUCCGGUAUUUUCACAUCUAAUAUGUACUUGGCUGAAGACAGAAUCUUAUGUUUCGAGCUCGUGGCCAAGAGAAACCACAACUAUGUCUUGCGUUACGUGAGCAGUGCAAAGGCUGAGACAGAUGUACCUGAAAAGAUGGAUGAUUUCGUCUUGCAACGUCGUCGUUGGCUUAAUGGUUCCUUGUUCGCUGCCGUUUAUUCGAUUGUCCAUUGGACACAGAUCUGGAAAUCCAACCACGGUCUUUUCAGAAAGCUUUGGCUUCAACUUGAGUUCUACUACCAUAUGGUUACCGUCUUGGUUUCUUGGUUUUCGUUGGCUUGUUUCUUUUUGGUGUUCCGUAUCUUGACCAAAAACUUGGGUUCCCCUGAAGUCGGGUUCUCAUUUGGUUCAACACUUUCGACGAUUUUCUUGUGGAUAUAUGUUGCUUGUCUUGUGUGUACAUUCGUUUUGGCGUUUGGUAACACUCCUAGAGGUACAAAGAAGUUCUAUACGGUGAUUGCUGUUGUCUUCGCCGUUUUAAUGGCGUACUUGACGUUUGCAGCUGUCUACUUGGCUAUCAAUACAGUGAAGUUGGUUAUAAAGAAUUCUGAUGGAGAUUUCCAUGCGGGCAUGUUGUUCACAAACCAGAAGUUUAGAGAUCUCGUGGUGUCUGUGCUUAGUACCUAUCUUCUUUACGCCAUUGGUGCAGUGAUUCACGGAGAGCCAUCGUUUAUGAUCACAUCGUUCUUGCAGUAUCUUUUGAUUUCACCCACGUACAUCAAUGUGUUGAACGUCUACUCGUUCUGUAACAUUCACGAUGUUUCCUGGGGUAACAGAGAUUCUCCACAGGCCAAGGACUUGGGUACUGCUAAGAUUACGGAGGACAAAAACGGUGAAUUGAUCAUGACAGUUGUGCCUGCGUCAGAUCAGGGACUCGAGGAAAGCUACAUGAACACGAUUGAUGACUUGAAGGUUCCACCACCAGAGAUUCCCGUUAUGAUGUCCAAGAAGCUGAAGGAAGAUUCAUACUAUGCAUUGUUGCGUACGAUCACCGUGUUGGUGUGGAUGUUGACAAAUGCUAUUUUGGUUGCAAUUGUGCUUGCUGCUGUUGGACCAAAGGACGACACAUGGAGUGAUUACAGAAACUCUACGAUUUUCUUGACGGUGAUUUUGUGGAUUGUGUGUGCGUUGGCCGGGUUUAGACUUACGGGAAGUGUGCUCUACCUUUUGAUGAAGGCCAUGAGGCCAUUAAAAUGGUGGGCACGCAAGAGGAAAUCGGUGUAA